UUUGUUAUCAAUGUAGGGCAAAUGUUCAUCUCUUGCCACAACUCAUCAGAUUUUGCAUAAAUUCCAAAGAUGUUGUAUUUCGGGUGAGAAAAUUGAUACAAAAAAAUCCUUUUGUUCAAAUUUAGAAGUAAUAAAGAGCUUCCUUGUUGAGUUGAAAUUGGUAAACAACAAAAAAUAAAAUCAAUGCGAUAAUUGUGCUAAUUUUGCAAACAACAUAAAGAAGCAUUGGUGCAUCAAUAUAAAAGCAACAGCAAAAGAUACUUACGUCUUCAAAGACCGACCCAACAUUUGCAGUGACUAGAAGCACAGGUAUUGUAGAAGACCCCAUUUUUCUCAGAUUUAUGUUGCACACGGUAACCAGCGGGUUUUCCGGCAUAUACAACAAAACUGCUACCCAAUUUUAAAGCCGUGCAUGAAAUGUCGUCAACCCCUGACAUAAAGUCCUCCUUACAAAAAUUUAGUCCUUUCGGGGCUGGAAUAAGCAAGAACCUAUUAACACCGUGUAGGAGAGUUGGAUUAUCCAGAAAACGAGGAAGCCUGAGUACCCCCAACAGCACAAUAAAAACACCAACAGAACGUCCAAACAUUAAUUUAUCCCAACAAGACUCAUCAGAAACCACACCUAUUCGUUAUUUAAGUGGAAAACAAUCGAAACAUGCAAGUAAAAAUGUAAAAUCUGAUGAGACAGUUUCCCUGCAUAGUACUGAAUCGUCUUGUAAGAAAGUGUUAGCUAAGAAUUUUUCAUUGGAGAAUUGUGAAGAAAAUUCCGCAUACAAAGAUAAAAUGAAAAAUCUAGAUCUGACCUUUGGAAGCAGUACUACUGAAUUGGGACUUCAUAGAGCAGAAGAACAAGAUAAUUUAACACCAAGAACCAAAAAUUAUGGCAAAGCAAAAGUGCAAAACUUUGAAAAUUCAACCCAAAAAGAAUUAAAUUUGGGACCUAUGGAAAUUUUCAGUCCUACUAAAUUGGGACUUGAUAGAGGAGGAGAACAGGAUAAUUUAACACCAAGAAACAACGAUUAUUGCAAAGCAAAAUUUGAAAAUUCAACCCAAAAAGAAUUAAAAUUGGAACCUGUGGACACUUUCGAAAAAACACAAGGUAUUGAAAUAGGAGCACAAGAAAAUAAAAAUAGUAUGAAUAUGGAAUCAGGCAAAAAGCAAAAUGAGGUUGAUACCAAAUGUAAAAGAUCCAGAAAAUUAAACAAACAAAUACCAAAAAAGCUGGAAAAUAAAAUAGACUAUGAUUCUGAUGAUGACUUUAAACCUCUAGAUGCAAAAUCAUUGAAAAAAAGAAAGUCAAGCACAGCUGACAAUAAAUUGAAAAAAGCAAAGUCUGUUAGUUUGAAAGAUUGUAAUGUUCCAUUGGAUAGGAUAGAUUCAGAAACGUUAAAAUCAAAAUCAUUCAUCACCUCUGACAAUGAGGAUUUAUAUGACAACGAAUUUACAGUGAUAAGAAAGAAAAAACGAUUUAUUCUAGAGGAUGAUAAUAACAGUUUAAAUAAUAGUCCACAAUCUGUAUUGUUGCCUAAAGUGGUUUCAAACAUACCUGAAGAUGAUGAAGAUAUGGCAUUCACAUCAACACCUGAACAAGAAAAAGGUGAAAAGAAGACUCUGAUAAAUUCAAUAACUGAGUUAGAGAAAAGCAUCAUACAGAAAAAGAAAAAGCUAGAGGAUUUAAAACAAGCUUCCAUAUAUAAGCAGAAGCAUAAUAUUGAAGAACUUGAUGCUUUGACUAACAGGUGGAAGACUGGUUGUGAGUUGGGACUUAAGUGCUUACUUAAGCAGUUGCAGGCACAUGGACCAAUAGAUAUGGCUACAUUAGUAGCAAACUUACAUAUUCCAGAUGAUGUGGUAGCUCAGCUAUCUUUAAGUGAUAAUUCUUAAAUACAUAAGAACCAAUUUUAUAUUUAUUUUGAAAUUAAAAAAUGUUACAAUUCUGGUAGUAUAUUUUAUUAACUGUAGCAAAAUUGUAUUGUAC